CUGUUAAAACACUAGAUGUCAGUAGCAUGAAGAAAUUUUACAUUGUUUGUGGUGUUUUGUUAAAAGCCAUUGGUCAUCUUACCCCGUUCGUCAUCUUACCUUACCUUCCCCUAACAAAUUUGUUUAUCAAUUGAAAUAUGUCAAAAGUGGACCAUAGUUAUGGUAUUUUACGGUACCGCUUAGCGUAACGCAAUACCGCCAGGAGUUAUUUACGCCGCAAGCGGUAUUCUAUUUUCCGAUAUCUCUAUAUUGUAUCGACCAGCACGAAAGCGUGGAAAGGCACAAAUUCAACACGAAAAUGAAACAUUCGACCAAUUCUUCACCGAAUUACAGAAAAUUGCGGGCAACUGCGAGUUGGGAGCAAUAAAGGACGAAUUAUUGGUGGAUCGAAUACCUAGUGUGUGACGUGAAGAAUAUAAAAUUAAGAGACAGAUUAUUAAGAGAAGGUAAUUUAACGUUAGAUAAAGCUGUUGAUCUUUGUAGGGUGCAGAAAGAACCGAAAUUCACAUAAGGGAUUUGACACAUGGCAGCCAUGAUAGUCUGGUAGAUGUACAUGAAAUCAAGCAUGGCAACGUAGGCGCAAACGGAACGUUGGACGGGGAUGUCUUAAAGCCGUCUUACACUGAGCAAUUUCUUGCACAAGAUAUAUUGCACAAUUUAAAUUGCAUAGUAUCAUACAGGAAAUUGCAUGCAAAAUUACAUUGCAACAAAUUAUUGCAUCAAAAAUAGAACCGGUGCUAUUUUUUAUGCCAGUUUCAAUGCAAUUUUAAAAUGCGCGUGCGCCGCUCGUUGAACAUGUGUUUUCAGAUCAGCUGUUUAGUGUUUUUCGAGGUGUUUUGUUUGACAAAAUCUGUCUUGUCUUGUUAAUUCCUUCAUUUAGUUAUUUGUGUUGCCAGUUUUGCGUUAAAAUGUCGUGGACACAUGAACAGAUUUCUUGUCUUAUUGACUUAUACAAAAUGCAUCCGUGUUUGUAUGUGGUAAAGGACAAAAACUACCACAACAAGCAUGUCCGAAAUGCUGCUCUGCUAACCAUACUUAAUAACAUUAAACCGAUAAGACCAGUUACCUCAGAAGCUGAUGUCCAAAAAAAAUUUCAUGGAUUAAGGACAACGUACGCAAAUGAGAGAAGGAAACAUUUAGCGAGUAUACACAGUGGAAUGGCCGAAAAUGAGGUUUACCAUCCGUCGCUGUGGUAUUAUGAAAAAAUGGAUUUCCUGGACGACCACCUUGUAGUCAGGAAAUCUAAUUCAAACUUUUUAUUGCCCGAGGAGGGCAAUGAAACAUCACAAACACAGGAGGAAGAUUUACUGGAUUCAUCAAUUAAUGAAACUAUUGUGGAACAGUAUGAAGUAGAUGACCAAGGAGUAUUGGUACCUUUAUCACCAGAAAUUUCCUCAGAUUUAAUACCAGAUCAUCAGAGGUCAGGAUGCAGUGGGUUAAAAAGAAAAGGCAUUUCAGUUGACACCAGACCUAGCACCAGACCAUCAUCAGCGGGAAGUGGCUCAUCUUGUCAUCAGAAUGAUUUGGAACUUGGACUUGGUGGAUUAAAAAAAAGAAGUCUUUCAGUUGAUAACAGGUCUUCAUCUGCAACAGGUGCAAAAGGAAAAAGUAAAAAGGCAGAAGACCCAGACCUAAAAGUGUUAGAAGCUGUGUCUUCAAGCCUUGAGGGAAUUACUGAUGCGCUUAAGCCAGGUCUCAAAAGCAGUGAAGAUAUAUUUGGGGAGUUUGUAGCUUCACAACUAAAAAAAAUAAGAAAUGAAAACAAAAGAUUGACAGUGCAAUAUAAUAUUCAUACUGUUUUGCACGAGGCAUUAUUGAGUUAAUAUUUUACAAGAUAUUUUAUGUUAUGUACCUAUAUUACAAUUAUCCUUAUUACACCGAUACAGUUUUAUUUUGACGUUAUUACAUAAUCAUCACUGUAGAGCACAUGUGAACA